GACAAUGACCCAGGUAAAAGUAAGGCUUGGUUCUAUUAUAGUUUCAAGACAACUAAAUAAUAAUGUACACAACUCUAGUAUCCAGAGAGAUCAUCAACCAGAAUCUCCAUUGGGAGGACCCUGUCAAACUUGUCAUCAUGCAAGCAUACCUUGGGACAGUGGCAGUCCCAGUUGAUCAGAUGAACCCCAAUUGGGGGUCUGGAAUGAAGUUGAAUUGCCCCAUCAACAAUCACCAAGUGAAAGAGUUAUCAACUCUGUUCAUGGAUACUGCCAAUGACUUUGCUAGAAUGGUUGGAUUGCCACCACCUGAAGUUUUGGAAAAGCACAAGAUGGGAGGAUAUAGAUUUGGAGCUGAACUCAGCUACUUCCCAACAGGUAAUGCAACUGGCCAGGACAUUGCAUUAACCUUUCUGAAGAGGAAAAGUUAGAUGUAAAUCAGGGCCAAUUCAAACCAUGGUUUGAUUUCUGACUUUAUCAAAGAUAGUGAUCUGGCCAACAGAUUUUUAUGACAUUAGUAUCUUGACUGAGGAAGC